GCCGACACUAUUUAUUUUAGGAGCACCCGGAGACCCGGCUCAGUUAAUUUCAUCUUUUUGACCGAUUAACAGUGUUUUGUGUGGUGUUUUUAUGAAAAUGUCGGCGUCACCUAUUGCGAGGCAAGCGACCCACAGCCAAGCCAUCCCGUCAAGACGGGUGCUGAUCACAGACCCUUCGCAGAUGCCUGAUGUGUACUCGAGCACUCCCGGAGGCACUGUUUACUCCACCACGCCUGGAGGUACCAGGAUAGUAUACGAUCGGUCAUUCAUGAUGUCGCUUAGACAGUCCCCGAUCUCACAAACCCCACCGAAGUGUUCACUGCCUGCAGCUCUUCUGAGGAAUCCGCCAGCAAAUGCUCAGUCCACACCAGUGCAGGCACCCAAACCUUCCUCUAAUUCAAUUGUCUUCGACGAAUCGCAGGAGACAUUCAGCAUGGAUCUCUAAAUAGUUCUAAGUUUAAAUAAGUUAUUUUUUUAAUCUGUGUACAUAAUAAAGAUUAGAAAUUCUAUUUUUAAGCUAUUCUGUCUCUCAUUGUUUAAGAUAUUAUUAAUGUUAGAUGUUUUGGCUUAUUGGAAUUAUAUCAUGUACGCAGAUUUUGUGUUGCAGAGAGAAAAAUAUUAUUAUUGUAAUGCAACAUUUUAGGUUGUAGGUUUUUAAGCGUGACUGAACAUUAUAAAUGCGUUCAAAACGCGAUCCUCCGCCAUGACACACAAAAAAAAAAUAUAAAACCAUAAAUAAAAAAAAAUAACACGAACUUUUUAAUGGAAAGGCUGCAAUGAAUGUGUUUAAAAAAUGAAAAGGAGAAUGGCGGCGGAUUUUUGUAAAUAUAAAUUAGUUCUCUGCGUUUGACGCACAGUUUAGGUGCAGUAGUAUUUUUUAUUAUUAAGCAAGUGCCAUUUAAUGGAAGAUGAUUUUUAUAUUCCUCUUCUCACAUUGGAGUUGCUAAGAAGCUAUGAAAUCUCACUCGAGAUAAAGGCAAAGAUAUUGAAAUUACUUUGAAGUAUUGGUCACAGAUAUUGUCAUAUAUUUUUUGUUGGUAUUGAUUAGUUUUUUCCUAUAAGAAACUAUAAGUAGAGUUUUUGUUUUUAUUCCCAAACAUCACAACUUCAUUUUGGAGUUAAAUAAUUAAUAGACUGUUGUACUCAGCGCCAUCUCUUAGUAGCUUUUGAAAAUAAUCCUACAGGUCUCAUUAAAGUCGCAUUCAUUAUUAAAACGACUAUAAAUUACUUUAUUGAUGAAUUUUUACAAGCAUUUAAUAUUAUUGUGAAAAUGCAAGUAUUGUUUAUAUAAAAGGAUUCUCUAACCUACUUUUAAGUGGAUGCCCGAUCGCUUUUUGUGAGCGCAUGAGAAUUAAGAAGUAAAACUACAAUUCGACUGCCAGAAUGCCAGUAUGAUAACAAUAAAAAUGAAAUAAUAAUUAAA